UGUGCCUGUGUUCUCUCAGGCAUAUAACUCCCACACUGUUUGCUGAUUACCAAAACAGCCAAAAUGACUAGUCUGAACGCUAAGGACAAGAACACCGUCAAGGCCUUCUGGGCCAAGAUCUCCCCCAAUGCAGCUGCCAUUGGAGAAGAUGCUCUUAGCAGGAUGCUGGUGGUGUACCCACAGACCAAGACCUACUUCUCCCACUGGAAGGACCUGAGUCCCGGCUCUGCCCCGGUAAAGAAGCACGGAGCUACAGUGAUGGGUGGAGUUGCUGAUGCUGUGGCCAAAAUCGACAAUCUGACUGCAGGUCUCCUGGACCUCAGCGAGCUGCAUGCCUUCACCCUGAGGGUGGAUCCUGCUAACUUCAAGAUCCUCGCCCACAACAUCCUUGUGGUGUUGGCCAUCACCUUCCCCAACGACUUCACCCCUGAGGUCCACGUGGCUAUGGACAAGUUCCUGGCUGCUGUGGCUCUGGCUCUGUCCGAGAAGUACAGAUGAACUGCUGGAGAGGAGAUAAAGACACAGGAAUUCACUGUGUGUGAUCAAUAAACAAAUGGAUCAAAAAAUGCAAAACAUUGACCUCUGUUUCUUUACUGAUGGUUUGUGUGCUGUUUAACACAGAAAAGUUUGAUAAAGUUUUAAAGAAACAAAAUGCUGGGGAUUUACUUGUCUAAAGGUUUUUCAUGUACCUGCAAAGUGGGACAUAAAAGAGAAAUGACAAAGGACAGAACAAAAACUUUGAUCUGCUUCACUCUCGUUAUCUCUCAUUAAAUUAGGAUAUCAAUUGAAAAGUUAAUUAAACUCAGUCAUUUAAUUAAAAAGUGAAAUUUAUGCAGUGCUGUGACAGAUUUCUUCUGUUUUGCAUUUUUGUCAUUGUUAAAUGUUUGCCAAAGAAACAACUUACUGAACCCCAAAACUUUUGGAAAACUAUUUGUGGAGAAAUAAAAGACACAAAAGUGUAA